AGUUCAUUGCAUCGAUGUUCAUAUUUGAACUUACUCUAAAAUACUUUUGGGAACCAGUAGAGUGUUUCAUAUAUACAAAACUUCCACCAUUAUUUGAUCAGUAUGUUUUAGACGGAAGUUGUAUGCUGGGUAAUCUAUUGUGUCCCGGCGACACCGAGAUCUUCACUCUACUUAUCUUCUCUGUGGCCCUAACCAUUCUUUGGCUCUCACUGUCCGGAUUCGGUAUUGACGCAGACUGUUUUAAACCUUUCAGGUUCAGGACUUUUUUUAUGUACAUUCUACCGUUCUCUCUAGUACGCAUUGCUCACCUGCAAAAUGAUGGGCUUCAUCAGCAGGGAGCUCAUCUGCAUCCUGAGCAUGAGUUUGUCAUUUAUGAUCUUGUUUUCUUCUGAAGGGACAAUGCAAAAUAUACAGAAGACUAUCGUAUCCAGCAUCUCUGACGACAAGCCAGAUUUCGAGGCAGAAGGCUACACUUUCUCAGGAGUGCUAUACACCGUCUUUUCAGUCAGCCUUUGGUUUGGCCCCUACAUCAGUCAUGUAGCUGGACCUAAGUUGACAAUGAUCGUCUCUGCUCUUGGCUACUUGGGUGGAAUAGUUCCUUAUCUAUUUGAGAACGAGUGGGUGAUACUUGGUGGAGUUAUUGUGAACGGAGUAGCAGCAGGGUUGCUGUGGCCUCCACAGGGACUCUAUAUGAUAGAAAACUCUUCACCGGAAAACGCAUCCAGAAAUAUAGCCAUCUUCUGGGCAAUAUUGAAUACUUCGAGUCUGUGGGGUAACCUGUUUGUCUAUUACACGUUCUACGGAAAGCAGCAUAUUGACCAGUCCACAAGAACAACAGUGCUGUACUUCUUGGUGAUUGUAAACAUACUGGCAGUAGCGUCGUUCGUAGGUCUUCCCAGGUCUGCCAGUGAUCAGAAAGCACGACGCAAAGCUCCUUCAAACACCUUUAAAAAGUGUUGGAGAAUGCUUGCGUCACGCAAGAUGACUUGGCUGUUUCUCCCAUUCAGCUAUACAGGUUUGCAACAGGCAUACCACAAUGGGAUCUAUAGCCCGAGUAUUGGAUUCACUUUGGCAUUUGGAAACUCUGCCAAGGAACUGGUGGCACUUAGUGGCAUCGUAAUGAGUAUUGGCGCAAUAAUUGGUGGAAUCUGCCCCAUUGUGUUUGAUAACUGGAUCAGAAGACACAAGUAUUCUCGGAGAUCAAUAUUUCUGGUCGGCUGCACGGGCCAGCUGUUGGCUUAUCUUAUCACAUUCAUCAACCUACCAGACACUGCGGUGUUUGGCAACACUGACCAAACGAGUCUCAUAACUCCAAGUGCAGUGCUGGCUAUGACAGGUAGUCUGCUUCUAAGAUUUGGCGAUUCAUGUUUGAACACUCAAAUCUUCUCCAUCAUUGCUGACUUAUAUCGAGAGAGCAGUGCUGAGGCUUGUGCCUAUUAUAAGUUCGUCAAGGCGGUAUUCGUUGCCAUCAACUACUACUGGUGUAGCCACUUCGGACUCCACACUCAGAUGGCCAUUCUGUCAAUCUGGUCUCUCGUUGGUGCUUUUUGUUUCUUCGUUGCCGACAGCGAUAUCACAUUAUCCACUGAAAAGAAGACAAUCUAUCAAGUAAAUGAAUAAUUAGUGCUAGUCAAGGGUCUGUAACCCCUGUACCACUGUAUGUAAGUGUUUUGAGUACUUGGAGUUUGAAAUGAACUGUUGUUUCCAAUUCCACACAGUGAAAUUCCGUUGAUUUCUAAAUUAAAUAUGAUUUUCCCAAAUAUUGUAAUAGAUUAUGUACGUUAGGAAAACUAGAUGUAGAUUAAAACCUAUUAGGGUAUUUUUAGUAAUCUGUGUAUGUUUUAUAAUAAAAUAUAACUAUGUAAUAAAACGGAACUUU